CCCAGACAUUCAAGGUGCUUACCCACAAUAGCGCCAGCAGCUGGAGUUAUUGGCCCUUCCGGAGAGCUGUGUCUUCUGGCAGUUGUCGUUGUUGGCCUCCUAGCAGUUGUUCGGCCUCCCCGCAUCUCAGCCUCGAGCAACUACAGAGAAUUCUCCAGAUCCUGACCCAAAGCUACAUGAGUUUUUGAAGAUCUUCAGGUUCAAUAGAGCCAUCAACCAGUUGGCACACCCAUUGAAGGAGAUGUUCCGUCCUAGUUUGGAGUCAAUGGCCCUUAAACGGAUCCACAAGGAAUUCCUUGCCAUGUCUCAAGAUCCUCCGGCCCAGUGUUCUGCAGGUCCUGUGGCCGAAAACAUGUUUCAUUGGCAAGCGACCAUAAUGGGGCCUGAUGACAGCCCCUAUCAGGGAGGGGUCUUUUUCUUGACCAUUCGUUUUCCAACCAAUUAUCCCUUCAAGCCCCCCAAAAUUUCAUUUAUUACUAAAAUCUACCAUCCAAAUAUUAGCAAAAAUGGAAGCAUCUGUUUAGAUAUAUUGGAUUCUCAGUGGUCACCGGCACUUACAAUUUCCAAAGUGCUUCUUUCUAUCUGUUCUCUAUUGUGUGAUCCAAACCCAGAUGAUCCUCUAGUUCCAGAAAUUGCGAGGGUCUACCGCAAGGAUCUUAAGGAGUAUAAUAAACUAGCUCGGGAGUGGACGAAAAGAUAUGCCAUAUAAUUUCAACUUGUAUUCUGUGGUCAUAAUAAUAA